AUGCCCCGCUCUCUCUUAUCAUCCACAGCUGCUCGGCGGCUCUCGCAAGCCCCAGCUUGCCGCCUGUUCUCAACUUCUCGUCCGGCUUGCCUCUCCGCAUUCUCCGACGGCCAAUUCCUUUCUCGCCGGACAGCCACUGCACCAUUUAUUCGAGGCUUUGUUGGACGCUCCCCGAUUUCUCGCUCCCUCCGCCAGCGCUACGUUGAAUUUUCAUCCUCCUCCAUUCGCCCGGCCACCACGGUCACGCAAAAUCCGAGAACCGGAGAUGACGGGGAACCACUUGAGAUUGCCAUUUCGCCACGGGCUGUAGAGCGUCUCCGCGAAAUCACAGACCCAACCACCUCUCCCUCCGCCAUAAAAGAAGAGAACCCCUACCACCACCUCCGCAUCACAGUUACCAGUGGUGGAUGCCACGGUUUCCAAUAUAUGAUGUCCCUGGAGGGCGCCUCCAAGAUCGAUCCAGAAGAAGACACGAUCUUCCAAGGCGAGCCCGAUGCCUCAGAGGGUGCAGCAGAAUCAGCCGGUGAUGCGAAGGUUGUUAUGGAUGAGCCCUCGCUCGAGCUGCUGCAUGGCAGUACUGUGGAUUAUACCACCGAGUUGAUCGGAAGUCAAUUCAAGAUCGUUGAUAACCCCCGUGCUACAAGCAAUUGCGGUUGCGGUACUAGCUUUGAUGUCAGUGAUUGA